CUGAGCGGCUCAUCCGUGAAAGAACGCAGGCAGCGCUGAAACGAACGCUGCUGCCAGUGGUGCUGGGGAUCGCCACCAACUUCGUUCUCGUUUCAGUUUUCUCCUCUCUUCGUGUGUUGACGCCGGGCCGGACAUGGAGGAGAAGGAGCGCAGGUCGUCCCGGCAGUACGGCGCGCUGGAGCGGACCGCCUGGAGCGCAGACCCGGCCGGAGCAGCAGAAGAGGACGUUGUCUCAAUGGCAGACUCCUCCAUCACCAUAGACGACAUCGAAGGAGAGCUCUUCAAAAUAGAGCGCAUACGGGACAUCCUGGUGAGGCGGGAGUCCGAGCUGAGAUACAUGAUGGACGACAUUCAGCUCUGCAAAGAAAUAACACGACUCAAGAAGGAACUGCAGAAGCUGGUUUCCGUUCCAGAUAAGGACAAGUCAAAGGAGGACAAAGAGAAGGAGGAUGAGCUCUUGCAGCAGCUUCACAAGCUUGUGGAGACCAGAGACUUCCUGGUGGAUGAUGUGGAAUUUGAGAGGCUGCGGGAAAGGGAGGAAGACAAAGAGAUGGCAGAGUUCCUACAGUCCAAGUUCCCCAGAAGCCUAAAGAGCAAGAAUCCCAGCCAGGACAGAAGGAUGACCUCCAGGGCACAACAGACAUCAUCUCCCUUUGUGACCAAGACAGGCCUCACCCUGCUGAAGGAGUGCUGUGGGUUCACCUGCUCCAUCAUGUAGAGCAUCACCCACCCCAGGAAGAAAGCCAGGAAGGGACACCCGUUGAUAGUGUGGCAUGAAAUGUUGGGAGCUUUGAGAGUCAGAAGGAUUAUAGCAACAUGGCCAGCUUGUAGUAUGAUUGUUGGGGCUGUGGGGGUGGGGAGGUAUGAGUGAUGGGUUGCUAUUUGGUCUGGCUGUAAAUCUGCGUGUCAUCCACUCUGUGUAUCCAAGUUUGCCCUUCGUUCUCUCCUUUCUACUGGAAUCUCUGGAGGAUCAGGACUUAGUGACAUGUCUUCUCCUUAGCAGGGUUCCCUCACAGCCAACCCAAAGGGAAAGUUCAACACCCCCACAGUCCCAUCAAAAGCCAUGGCAUCUCCAUCAUUGUUUACACUCAGAAACAAGUCCUCCCAUCUGCUUGAACGUGGCACCAUCUGCAGUUGUGUCUUUAACCUUUCGGCAGAGCGAGCAGCGAACAAAGCUGUACAUGCAGUAGUGGUCCAAUCGACCGAGAAUUCAUAGCAGCGCUAUACAUAAAUUCUGUGCUGCUCUAUUCAGAAAAGGAAACAGUACCAAACUUAAUAGCGAAUGACUGAAUUCUAUAGUAAAUAGUGAAUACCAAAUGAAAUCUACAUUCAAGAUUGUAUUUACUUAGUAAAUGCCAAUGUGUUCUGUUGAAAUAUUUAUUGGAAUCGCAAUAUGACCCUUCUCAGUUAACAGAAUCACUUCCCUGUGAAUACCUCUUACGUCAACCACUGAGUAACUCAUUUGAGCGCAUCCUGUUGCAAAGUUAUCGUUUACUGACAUGGUGCUAGAUGUGGUGUCGCGUGUAGCACUGAGCUUCCACAGCCAUGCAUAUUGAUGACAUACUUCAUGUUCUAGAAUGUUCUACGAUUACACAAGGGGCCUCUUCAUCGUGCACAUUUUUGAAUGUGGUUAACGAGGCGCACAGGGUGGUGGGAGACACCCGAACGCGUACAAAGCCACAGCAUAUACAGUAUUUUCACAUGCGUGAACAUGUUCUCUGCACUACUGUGUACAAUUAAAAAUGUCUUGCGAUGAGCUAAUAAGAACUUGUCUAAUUUGGAACACGGUCUCUCUGAUUUUACAGUGGCAGCCAUAGUCUCAGCAAACUUCGCAUCUUGCGCACACAUCCUGUAUUUCGUAAAACACUCCUAACUUUCCUCCAGCUUGUUCCUUCCAGAGAACAAAUGGCAUCAGUGUUGUAAUUCGCUACCUGUUGGGCACUGUCAGCUGUGAGUUCCUGAAUCUCAGUGGUUCCAGCUGAUUUCUGCACGUGAGCCAAAGUGGCCGACGUUGCGGCGCUGUGUUACCUCGAUCACGUUUUCUAUCGGGAAGAGGAACGCGCACAGUUCUGGAUAUGUGAGUGACAGUAGUCAUUAAAAUGGAGAUCAGGCCAUCGCUACAAACGCAGAAACCCAGCGAAGGGUGAAGGACACGGAAUAUGAUGAAAGAUGACUUGUUUCAGAUAGUUACAGCUCUGGAAAUGCAUACAUAUAUCAACACAGUCUACUUCUCCAUGCAUUAAAAGCCCAUCAGUAAUUAAAUUACCUGUGCAGAGAAGUAAACAAAAAGGCAAAAGAUUAUUAUCAUUCUAGACAUAUUUUCAUAAAUCAGGUCUUUCAUUGGGUAGUGUGUGGGACUCAGUG